AUGGUAAAAAAGAAACUGAACAGGUCACUUUUUUCCGCCAUAGUUGAACAAAUCGAUCCCGAAUCCUUAUCAGCUGAAUACCAUCGCGUUGACAACGAAUAUUUUGCUGCAUUCAAUUCGCUUGACGGUGUUGAAAAGUUUCAUAAUCAAAUCAACGAAAAGCGCACGAUGAUUGCUGAGCAAGAGGCAGCAGACAAUGCCAGCGAAGAAGAAGAUGAUGAUGAUGAUACGGAUAUGAAAUCGUUUGCUCAACAAUUUCUUAUUGAUACACCUGAAGCAGAUCAAGCGAGAAAAGAAAACGCAACGACAUCUGUGAAGACUAAUGUGGAUACGAGAAGAACAAGACGACGGCGAAAUAUUCGGGAUUUGCCGCAAUCGAGUAAUUUUAUAUUUAUGUCCGAUAAUGAUGAUGAUAACGAACCUGGAAAUAUCUUCGAUAGUUUAAAAGAAAAACGAUUUUCUCAUCGGUCGAAUCGGAUCGCGUACGAAGAUAUGAGUUCCAUUCUUUUAACAUUAGAUGUUACACAGAAGAAAUCAAAGAAAAAUUUAGAUAGUCAAGAGCCAACUAUUGCUAUUGAAUUAGCAGAACCAUCGAUGAUCAAAUGUGAACCUACUGAACCUGAACAUCUUAUCAUCAGUCAUGUAAUUGAAGCUAAAGAGGAACCAGUCGAAUUGAAUGUUAUUCCAACUGUACCAAUGGGUUUCGGAACCCCCGAAUAUUCUGGUCGCUUGGAUAACUAUGUGCAAAACAUUCAUCGUGCAUGCUCAACGAAUGUUUCCAUAUCCGAUUCUGUACUGUCCCGACCGAAACGUAUCCGUAAGCGAAAACGACUGUAUAUCGAAGAAAGUGAAGCAGCAAUUAAACCGAAAAGACUACGAAAAAAACGCGUACAAAUCAAUCCGCCGUCAACAUUAUUAACUGACGCCGAAAUCGAACAACAAUUUGGUGAACGUUUGUCACCAACAGUCAAGUCCGAGUGUAACGAUGAAAAUCGAACAGAUGUUUUAGAACUUGAGCCAAUAUUUCAAACGCCAAUUGAGAAAGCAAGAGCAAAGUUCAAAAAUGCACUAGAACGCGGCCAUACUCCAGAUACAUUUUUACUCAAAAUUCGUUCUCGGGAAAGUAAAAUGAUUGAAGUUGAAUUGGCGAUCUACGGUACAGCUGACUGGCACGCGCACCGAACAAAGGUUCUUGCGAAAAUCGAGGAGGCACUUCGCGGUCUUCGUGUCAGUUGGACCAAAAUCGACAUUCGUGUUGAUGAUUAUGAUGUACAAAUCUGUACGUCACCACAAGCAGCCUUAGCAACACCCCCAGUAACUAUAUCCAAUAGUAAUUCCUCAUGGUUUUUAAAAGCUUUGAGCGAAUGUGGACCACUAAUUGUUCACAUUCAUGAUCGACGCUAUCCUCAUCAACGACAUUGGACUAAGUGUAUAUGUUCUCAAUGUUCUCCAAAUAAUCUAACACCUGAAACUUCAUUACCGGUGAUUGUUAGUGUUUCUCCGGCUAAAACAUCUCCUCAUCGUUUAUCAUCACCGAGUAUUCUACCAACAGAUUUUAAGCAACUCACUCAGCAACACGGCAUCAACAUAGUCAGUUCGAUCACACAGUGUCUUCGGGACUUAACACUAAUUGUUAGUGUGCACACAGCGUUAGCUUAUCUUCAGUCAUCGACUGAGGAUUAUCAAUCAAGAUAUCAACAUGUGCUUGAUCCGAUGAAAUCUCCUAAGAAAAACAGUGCAAAUGCAACAGUAUCGAAAUAUUUUAUUGGACCGGACAUUUUAGCAUUCGAGAAAAUCAUCAAACAAAGCAAAGCGAACAUACGUAAUGCCCACUCGAUGAGAAGUGUGAUUUUUCAAAGUAUUCCACGAACGCCAUUAUCUAAAAUGAUCAAAACAACAACAGUGAUUCUUCCGAAACACAGAACAACUGGACAUCCAUUGAUUUUAAAUCGUUCGCACAAACGUCAUCGAAAUUCUGCUUCGACAAGUGAAACCACUACUAAUAACAAUAGCGUGAAACAACAAGCACAUUUCACGCCAAUUAUAGAGCUGAAACCAAUUCUGGGUGGGUCAACUCAUACCGACGAAGAACCCAUUCGCAAAGUAACAAAAAUCAUCUCAACCAAUACAAUACAGAAAGACGCACAACGAAUCAAUACAAUCACUACACAAGAAAUCGCACCUCGUGUUAUUCGCUUAUCUAUCGCAAAAACAUCGCCGAGUUCGAGUACAAUCCAUUUAGUACCAUUUCAAUCGUCGAUGAAUCAAAUCGGAAGUUCGCCCUUAAUCCCCAAACAAAUCAAUAUCAUCAAACCAUUAAACUCAUCAUCAAUUACUCCAGCUGUUAAAUUAGCAAAUCCAGUUCUCAUUUCCAAUCGAUCCCAACAGCCACUGAUUAAGUAA